CCACUACCGGGGCCUGAGCGGGCCUGGCGGAGCCCGAGCGCGGCCCGGCCCGCAGCGCGGGGCUCGGAGCGCGGUGAAGAGAUUGUUUUCUGAAGGCUGCGUUGGAGGCUGUGACAGAGCACAGAGCCCUGUGGAGCUGAUGGGGAGGCUUUCUCAAUAACAUGGCCCUUCACCAUUAGCCUUGCCAUGACCACAUUUUUCACCAGCGUCCCCCCCUGGAUUCAAGAUGCAAAGCAGGAGGAGGAAGUGGGCUGGAAACUAGUGCCCCGGCCUCGGGGCCGGGAGGCGGAGAGUCAAGUGAAGUGUGAAAUCUCGGGGACACCCUUCUCAAAUGGGGAGAAGCUGAGGCCUCACAGCCUCCCCCAUCCAGAACAGAGACCAUAUAGCUGCCCUCAGCUGCACUGUGGCAAGGCUUUUGCCUCCAAGUACAAGCUGUAUAGGCACAUGGCCACCCACUCAGCCCAGAAACCCCACCAGUGCAUGUACUGCAAUAAGAUGUUUCACCGCAAGGAUCAUCUGCGGAACCACCUGCAGACCCAUGACCCCAACAAGGAGGCCCUCCACUGUUCUGAGUGCGGUAAGAAUUACAAUACGAAGCUGGGCUACAGGCGCCAUCUGGCCAUGCAUGCCGCCAGCAGUGGGGACCUCAGCUGCAAGCUGUGCCUGCAGACCUUCGAGAGUACCCAGGCCCUGCUGGAGCACCUGAAGGCCCACUCACGCCGGGUAGCAGGUGGUGCCAAGGAGAAGAAGCACCCCUGUGACCACUGUGACCGGCGGUUCUAUACUCGUAAGGACGUGCGGCGGCACCUGGUGGUCCACACAGGCCGGAAGGACUUCCUGUGCCAGUACUGUGCCCAGCGAUUCGGCCGCAAAGACCACCUGACGCGUCACGUCAAGAAGAGCCACUCGCAAGAGCUGCUCAAGAUCAAGACGGAGCCGGUGGACAUGCUCGGCCUGCUCAGCUGCAGCUCCGCAGUCAGCGUGAAGGAGGAGCUGAGCCCCGUGCUGUGUGUGGCCUCCCGGGACGUGGUGGGGGCCAAGGCCUUCCCUGGCACGCUGCCCAUGGGCAUGUACGGUGCCCACAUCCCUGCCAUGCCCAGUGCGGGCGUGCCACACUCCCUGGUGCACAACACGCUGCCCAUGGGCAUGAGCUACCCUCUGGAAUCCUCACCUAUCUCUUCUCCAGCUCAGCUUCCUCCAAAAUACCAGCUUGGAUCUACCUCAUACUUGCCCGACAAAUUGCCCAAAGUGGAGGUGGAUAGUUUUCUGGCGGAGCUUCCUGGAAGCCUGUCUCUCUCAUCCGCUGAACCCCAGCCCACCUCACCUCAGCCGGCGGCAGCUGCGGCCCUCCUAGAUGAAGCACUGCUCACCAAGAGCCCCGCCAACCUCUCUGAGGCUCUCUGCGCUGCUAAUGUGGACUUCUCCCACUUACUGGGCUUUCUUCCUCUCAACCUACCCCCAUGUAACCCACCUGGGGCCACAGGAGGCCUGGUCAUGGGCUACUCCCAGGCUGAGGCUCAGCCCCUGCUCACCACUUUGCAAGCUCAGCCUCAAGAUUCCCCAGGAGCUGGGGGACCGCUGAACUUUGGGCCACUGCACUCCUUGCCACCUGUCUUCACCUCUGGCCUGAGCACCACGACCCUGCCUCGUUUCCACCAGGCAUUCCAGUAG